AUGUCGUCUCCAUUUCACUUGGCGCUGCCUCCAAUGGCACCCGCAGUGCCUCUUGCCCGUGUGCCGGGUCCAAAGCUGCAACCUUUCACACCUACGGGCCAAGCCAACAUAGAGUUCAUCGAGUUCGUUGGUGCAGGGAACGACCGGGACUACAAAGUCUGGAAGGUCAGCAUUGACGGUCAUGGCCCAUAUGCUCUCAAGAUGACACUGUCCGAAACCAGUGGCAAAUAUGCUGCUAGCCUUGCAAAGCCCGAGUUUUAUGUGGAUUACUUAACGCCAUUCAGCUGCGAAUGCCGGGCGUACGGCAGGUCGAAGCAAGAAGGCCGGGAGGAUCUUGCAGUGAAGAGCCACGGAUAUCUCCUACUGACACGCGAACAGGAAAUCGAGUCUGAGCAACACAGGAGUCAUCCGAUCUACGCCAUCGUCAAAGAUUUUGGUCCCCCAGGGGUCAAGCACCUCACCCAGUCGCAAGUAUCACACUUGUGGAGCGACGUGGAAGCGCUUCACAGAAUUGGAAUUCUCAUCAGGGACCUGCACGUUCGCAACUACAUGGAUGGGAAGCUGGUGGACUUCAGCCGAGUAUGGACGAUGUACCAUCCCUGCCUCGACAUAAACCCCAACACACUUAACUGGUUGAGAGUGGAGGAUGCUCGAGAGCUAUCAGAUGUCAUCUCCUCUUGGCUGGAAAACACACCUCUCGACUCGCCGGUCGAGAUUCCACCGGUUUUGAAGCGCUGUGCGGGAUGGUACGGCGGUGACGGCGAAAUUGGGGCCGAUCCCAGCAAAUACGACUGGCAGAAAUGGGGGGACGAUCUGAACAUGGCGAAAGACUUUUUUGAGGAGGAUCUUUAUGGCCCGGUAAGCGAGGAGGAAUCAUCCUAG